AUGACAGCAGGAGCCACAACAGUUUUCUCUUCCUCCACUGUACCGACUUCUUCAGAGACGACUGUCGCCGUAGUGCCGACUACUGACUCGUCACCGACGGCUGCCUUUACAAGCACGACUGGUGCUGGCACCACGACCAGUAGUGAAAGUGCAGCUACAAGCACUAGCAGCAAAUCAACCAAACCAUUUCCUACCGCAUCGGUCAUCGGCGGCGUAGUAGGUGGCCUGGGAGGGCUCCUGCUGAUCGGCGCCAUGGUGUGGGCUGGGAGCUACCGUCUCCGGCGCAAGGGACAGCCGAGCAGUGGGAUGCCUGGUGGAAGAAGCUACUACAAGCGGUCCCGGACAGUUUCCUCGUUUGGCAACAUAAUCAAAAACCCACUGUCGAUCAGUUCGCCGAUGCUACAAGAGGACACGGCCUUCCGGUCAGAUUUUAUUCGCAAGCAGUCGACGUCGCCCGUGUCGCACUUCUCGACAGUGGCCAGCGAUGGUGGCCAGCGAACGAUGAAUCCUGGUUUCAGUGGCGCUGGGAGUUACAGAACAGUUUCACCUCCAAGGUCCAGAGGGACUGCUUCUCUGGAUGCUAUUGUUGUGCCCCCGAUUCGAAACAUGCGAGGUUCGUUGUCCCGACAUCAACAGGAGCAGUGGAAGCAAAGCCUUCCCGGGAUGGAGGAGAUCAAUGUUGGUGCAGACCCAAGCAUCGUUGCACAUGCUGGCUUCCAAGAAAGCACUAUUUUUCCUUCAGCUCUCCAGACACCACCUCCGGUGGCGACGGUAACGGGCAACAGUGGAUCUCAGCGGCAACAAAGUGGAAUUCGGCAGACAACAUUCUCCGACAUGAUGGCAGCAGCAAGCCUGGACCUCGGCCACUAUGUGCCAGACAGCGUGCAAUCAACGCCGGACUUACGGCGAAAGUAG